GUAGUGCGACUACUGUAGUCUGGGUGUUUACAACCUCCGAAAACGAAACAUGGCUCCUGUCAGAGUUACGGGUUGCCAACCAAAAUAGUUGAGCAGGAGCGAAAAGGCUCUUGUUUUUUCCAGUGUAACUCCGUUCCUCGGCUUUUUGAUCUUUAGCAAACAGCAUCCAGAUCCCUGGAAACACUUUGUGGGGCUUGAUUUGAGCAGUUCAGAUCGCGAUCAUUACAACUGGUCCCCGCGCGUUAGCUAAAUUGAAGGGGAACAAUGACUGCGAGUAUGGCUGGAACGGGCACCUGUCUUGCCGCAAAAGGUUUGGACAUAAGUCUUGCCGCUUUGAAGAGACAAGACCCCUACAUCAACAACAUAGUAGAUGUGGCUAGUCAAGUGGCGUUAUAUACUUUCAGCAACAGAGCAAAUGAAUGGGAGAAGACGGAUGUAGAAGGAACCUUAUUUGUAUAUACCAGGUUGGCCUCUCCCAGACAUGGCUUCACCAUCAUGAACCGACUGAACAUGGACAACCUGACUGAACCCAUCACCAAGGACCUGGACUUCCAGCUGCAGGACCCCUUCUUGCUCUAUAGGAAUGCCCGUUUGUCCAUCUACGGUAUCUGGUUCUAUGACAAGGCGGACUGCCUGCGCAUCGCCGAGCUGAUGAAGGAUCUGACGAGGCAGGAGCAGGUGCUGGCCCAGCGGGACGAGGACAUCUCCCCCAGAGCUGUCCGCAUGGAGGACAGCAAGGGGGUCGACAUCCUGCAGAUGCUGACCAAGGCUCGGGACGAGUACGACAAGGGAAAGCCCUGCUCCGAGCCGAAGGAGAUCGCCAGCAGCAGUGUGAUCUAUGACAACCCCCACCUGAUCAAACCCAUUCCCGUCAAACCGCUGGAGAGAGCGCACGGGGCCCAACAGGGCCUGCAGGACAGCGAUGUGGAGCCCAGGCACCUCUCCCUGGCUGCUCUUUUUGGGGCGCAGUCCCAGCCCGAGCACGUGUCCCCCCAGGCGGGGUCGGGGGGCGGCAGACCAGCGGGGCCCCGCCCGGCAGUGGCCCGCUCCCUGUCCUACGAGGAGCCGGCCCGGCCGGGCGCGGGGGGGCCCCUGUCGGGCAGCCCCCCCCAACACUGCCCCGCUAUCCAGAAGCUGAUGAGCGCCCAGAGGGCCCCGACUGAGCUUCUGCAACCCGUGUCCGAGUCCCCCGAAAACCGGCUCUGCGAGAACGGGGUCCUGCAGCCCCCCCACCACUGCCAGGGCAGGGACCCCCUCCACAGACUGUUCCAGAACCCCCCCGCCGCCGUCGGCCCCCCCUGCUGCGCCCACCCGCCUCCCCCGCUGCAGCAGCCCCCUCCCCUGCAUGGCCACCCCGGCCUGGGGGGAGCCCUUCCCCUCCCCCACCCCCACCACCCCGCCGCCAAGCCCCUGUUCUUCAGCCCCGGCAAGCCCCAGCUGCCCCCCCAGGGCACGGGCGUGGUCUCCCCCCACGAGCUCCUGCAGCGGCUGCAGCUGGUGCAGCAGGAGCAGAGCCUGAGCGCCGAGCCCGUCCGGCCCGCCCUCGCCCCCCGCUUUCAGGACCCUGCCCUGCAGCCCCGCCCCCAGCCCCACCCCCACCCCCACCCCCAGGCCCUGCCCACUCUGCAGCCCCAUCCCCAGGCCCUGCCUGCCCUGCAGCCCCACCCCCAGCCCCACCCCCAGGCCAUGCCCGCCCUGCAGCCCCACCCCCAAGCCAUGCCCACCCUGCAGCCCCACCCCCACCCCCAGUCCCUGCCCGCCAUGCCCCUGGACGGCUGGACAGACAAGCCCUCCGGCCCCAUGGUGUCCGAGAAGCCAAACCCUCUGUUCCAGGGGAUCUCUCCCCAGCGCAUCCCGGUCACCACGUCCCCCACUCUGCUCAUGUCCCCCAUGGUCUUCGCCCAGAGCAAAUCGGCUAAAGCUGGGAUCGCCUGCAGCCCCACUCCGGUCCCCCCGAUGCCCCCCCAGGCCCCCGAGGAUCCCCGAACCCUGACCAAGAGCCAGCUCCAGGCCACCCUGCUGCACCUGAUCCAGACUGAUGCAGCCUUCCUGGAUACCAUCUACAAGGCAUACAUCUGCAGCUUCUCUAAGGACACAGUCACAAAAAAGCUGUGAAACGCUGCACAGUGCAUUCAUUUGUGUUUGGGGCUGUGUACUGAUCUGACAAAAUUACCUUCCAUGUGUGCGCAUGGGUGUACAGGAACUUUAAAAACCAGGUUUUACUGUGCUCCAAAGUCUUGCCAUUUUAAAUAGUUUUUUUUAGAUUGAAGUUAAUACGAUGAUAAGCUCUAGCAAUGACCGCAGAACAGCGAAGUGGCAGCUGUUCAUUAGAAGGGGUUAUUUUAUUUUUUUUUGUUUUUAUUUUUUUGAAGACUGAGAUGAGUCUUAAAGUCCACUCUCCGAAGUCUUACAGAGCCAUUAUUGCAAUACACAAUCUCAGAUCUCCAGGAAGAUUUACGUUUUGGUGCCCUUUGAGCACAUUUAUGCACGUGUUCUUUGACAGAACAGUACUGUAAGUGGACCCAUAAUCAGCCUUUAUUGUAGGGAAUUCAUGUUUGUUCCUCAAUCUCAACUGUUUGUUUUAAUGGGUCUUCCAUGCUGCCUAGAAACAGAUUCAUUUUACAUAUCUCAGUUCAUUGCUGUAGCAGUUUAAUGUCAAUCUUGGACACGCAUGUGAUUUAAUUGAAUUUUAAAUGACUGUUUUAAACUGUGUGUUUGGCAGCUAUUAUACCAGUGAUGUUUUCUUUGAUUUUAAACACCCUAAUUAUUGCAGUUGAGAUAGAGGAGCUAACAGUUGAGAGUAGAAUCCCUUUUCCAGAAGAUUCUCUGUAUUCACAGUCGCACAUGUAAGACUGAUUUACAGAUCAGAUUUCCCCACAAGCAGUGGGUCAGAGAAAAUAUUUUAUGUUACAAAAUAUUAUAAAAUAUGGAAGAUAUUUUUCUAUAUUGUGCCACAAAACAUUGUCAUCCUUCAGAUUUUAUGCCGCCUUGAUCCUUCAAAUGAGAAAAUAUUUUAUGAGGAAAAAAACUCUGCUAAAACCAGCAAUUAUCUACAACCUGAUCAGUUAUAAUGCUUAAACUUCUGUGUAAAAUCUUAAACGCAUCACGUUUUUUAAACAGACUUGUUUUACCUGGCAAAUUAUAAAAAUCACAAUAAAGCACAUUUAAUUCGCA